UUCAAUACUAUCUCAGUGUAUAAAGGGCUAGGCUGAACUGCAGUACAUUAUGCAAAGAUCGCUGAAGUACAUAUUAUAUUAACAAGUUCGGCAACGAGUAUAAAGAUGGUGGAUGUCAACGUUUAUGAUGUUCCAGAAACACCAGCUCUUAUUGAAAAGAAACGAAAUGGCAGCAGAAAUGGAGGAAGCGAAUUAAUCACACAUUCUCAUUUCAACAUUUCUCAAGGUGGAAAAUACUACUAUGGUGUGCAGAUUGUCACUGGCAAGCAAGUGGGAGCUGGGACAAGAGCCAAUGCAUAUGUGAUGUUGGUAGGAGACAAGGGGAAGACUAGAAAAUUGUCACUGCGUGGCUAUUUUGACUUUCUGCAACCUGUUUCCAGAGACACCUAUGAGACCCUGACUGUCACCACUGACAUUGAAUUGGGAAAGGUGCUGGUUGUGAUUGUUGGAUGUGACGGCAGCUGGUUGGAAGAUCAGUGGUAUGUGAGCUCAGUGACUGUUGUCAACUUGCAAAACAAGGAAAUAGACCAGUUUCCCUGUCAUCACUGGAUAGGAGGAGACAGCUAUGUCAGCAUUACAGCACACACAACUACCAAAAAAGAUGUUCUCGGCAAUGAGCUAUUGUUGAACCAGCGAGUCAGCCAGUUGAGUCAACGACAAGUAAUGUACAAGUGGCAGAAGUUUUCGGAGACAGGGAUCCCUUCUGGAAUUGACGAUUCAAGCAACCAAUUGCCCGCAGAUGAGCAGUUUGGAAUUGUCAAAAAUAUCGAUUUUACUACUGGAGCUUUGGACAGUGUUGCUAGUCUAAAAUUUGCCGGUCUCUUUGUGACAGCUGACAAUCUUCAUGCCUACGAGGUACUUGCGGAUAAACUGGGAGGAGAGAGGAAACUCUAUGAGGCUGGUCGCUGGACAACGGAUGUGGAGUUUGGACGACAAAUGAUGAACGGAGUUAAUCCAAUCAUUAUUAGAAAGUGCGAGAGUAUACCACCCAAUUUCUUUGUGACCAAUGAGAUGGUUCAGCCAUUACUUCAAGUCAGUCUUGAGCAGGAGAUGAAGGCUGGUCGCAUUUACAUAUGUGACAUGAAAUUCAUGGACGAUCUGAAGUCAAGAGAGGGCUACUUCAAUGUUGCUCCAAUCUGUCUGCUCCAUGUCAACAAGAGCAAGCAACUGGUUCCCAUUGCUAUCCAGCUGAAACAAGGUGUGAGAGAGGAAGAAAAGAUAGAUAAUCCGAUCUUCUUGCCCAGUGACAACUGGAUAGAUUGGCUCCUGGCUAAAAUAUACUAUCAGAGUGCACAUAGUCAAUUCCAUCAACUUUUCACCCACUACACUUCCUGCCACGCAACUAUGGAAGCAUACACUGUUGGCACUCAACGCAACCUCCCAGAUCCACAUCCCAUAUUCAAGCUCCUUCGACCACACUUCCGCUACACCAUGGGUAUCAAUACCCGUGCACGAGCCACCCUUAUCAAUCCUGGAGGAAUCAUUGAUCAAUUUUUUGGCAUUGGAGGAGAAGGUUUAGCUACUGCAUUCAAAAGGUGUGGAUCAACCUACAAUGUUCACACCAGCAACAUCAAGCGUUGGGCCAAGGAGCGAGGGGUGGAAAAUGCCGAGCAGCUGCCUGGCUACUACUAUCGAGACGAUGGGAUCAAAGUGUGGGAUGCUCUGGAGAGCUAUGCUAGCGAUAUCAUCAACGAGUUCUACCAGACAGAUGAGGAUGUUGUGAAUGACGAGGAACUGCAAGCAUGGGCACAAGAUAUUCACACCAAUGGCUUCCCUGGUUACCAUGGUGCCCCUGUCGGACAUGGCUUCCCCGAAAAAAUGAGUUCCAAGGAAGAGCUGGCACUUUACUGCACUCUGAUCAUGUUCACUGGAUCAGCCCAGCAUGCUUCUGUUAACUUCAAGCAGUACUCCUUCUACAAAUUUGUGCCAAAUUCUCCGUUUGGUGUUCGCCGACCACCACCUGCCAAGAAAGGUGUUGCAGAUUAUCAGUUCCUCCUGGACACUCUACCAGAUGAAGAUACUGCUAUCAGUAGCAUUGGUACAACACACCUCCUCUCUCAGUACAGCCAGAAUGAGGAGUUCCUUGGUGAUUUCAAGCAGCGCUUUAUGGAGAAGCAAGCUUCAAGAAUCACAGAAAAACUUAAAAACACCCUUCACAGUGUAUCAGGUGAUAUUGAGGUGCGGAACAAAGGCCUGGAUAUGGAGUAUACAUCAAUGCUACCUGAGAAAAUCCCGAACAGUAUCACUAUAUAGGGCAUAAUUAUAGAGUUCAGAUUGUAAUCAUAGAAUAUCAUACUUUCCGGCUAACGUAGUUUCAACUGUACAAGUAUAAUUAAUUUUUGUACAGAUGCCAUGGUAUAAUUAUUUUGAAAAGUCAACAA